CCACCGUGUAGACGCGCGAGGUGAGCUGCGGCGAGAGCACGAGCCCCGGCAUCCUCUUUAACGGUCACAAAACACUAAAUGGUGAACUGAUGAUGAGCGCAUUGGACACUGCUGGACAUAGCUUGGAAGAUUUGUUUUCUUUUUUAACCACUUUUCCACGUAGGCAUCCGUCACAGACAGACUGACUGAUUGAAGACAUUAGGCUACGUUUUGGAGGAUGUUGGUGGAAUUGGAGGUUUCGGGAUGCUGUGAGCCCGGUUCGGAGUAGCGCUGGUUCGGGGUUUCCUUUCGUGGUCAAAGAGAGGACACUUCUCUCAAAUGUGCUUAACAGCAAUCAGCCAAGUUACGCGCUCGUAUCUUCUGACCCGAGAGAGACUUCUCGCUACAUUUUAAGCGGACCGCAUGUGUUAAAACGAGGAAUCUUAAGGAGAAACACAGAGCUGACAGCGGAAAAAGGGGACUAUAUAUAUAUAUAUAUAUAUAUAUAUAUAUAUAUAUACAUAUAUAUUCAUAUCGACAGGAUAGCGGUGGUGCUGCUUGACUUGAGGUGUGGACAGGGAAAGUGGCUCUUGUUCCGACUCCAUCACUCAAGACUUUUACUGAGAGGAGUGAUUACCUAUUAAGCAACAGACUGACGAUGUGCCAGAGUGCCAGUGCGAUGUGGACACGGUGGAGUGCCAUGCUAGCGUGGAUUGUGCUUCUCCUCUGUUGCUCUGCUAGUUUAGUCAACACCAUCAACUACCAGGUUACUGAGGAGCAGCCACCCAACACUCUGAUUGGCAGCUUGGCAUCUGACCAGGGCCUGCCAGACACUGGCCACCUUUACAAGCUUGAAGUGGGUGCUCCUUACCUUCGUGUGGAUGGUAAAACAGGGGAUAUCUACACCACGGAGAUCCCAAUUGAUCGUGAGACUCUCAAGGACUGUGGCAACCUUUUCGAGGGUUAUCCUUGUUUCCUCGAAUUUGAGGUAUCUAUUACAGACCUGAUGAAAGGCACAGGACCUCGGCUUAUCGAAGGCCGCAUCGAGAUCCUGGAUGAGAACGACAACACACCACAGUUCUCUUCGCCCGUUCUAACAUUGUCGAUCCCUGAGAACACACAUGUGGGUGCACUUUUCGCCAUUUCGGUGGCCAGUGACAAGGAUUCUGGAAGCAAUGGCAUCGCUGAUUACGCACUAACGACGGGCCCUGAAGCUGCCAACCUUUUCAGCCUGCAGGUGGCACAAGACACAGAUGAGAAAUUGCCACAACUCAUUGUAUUGGGUAACCUGGACAGAGAGCAGCGUGAUUCAUAUGACCUCAACAUAAAAGUGGUUGAUGGCGGCUCCCCACCUCGCCAGAGUAGUGCCCUGCUCAGGAUCACCAUUACAGAUGCCAACGACAAUGUGCCCAAAUUUGAGAAGUCACACUACGAGGGUGAGCUGCCAGAAAACAGUCCAGUUGGUCAUUCUGUAUUGCAAGUUAAGGCCAAUGACUCUGACAUGGGGCCCAAUGGAGAAGUGACCUACAGCAUUCACCAGGCAUCACCAGCAGUCCAAAGGCUUCUAAGUAUUGACCGCAACACAGGCACAAUUUUUGUUAAAGGCUUAGUGGAUCGUGAAGAAAUUGGUAUGCUCAAGUUCUAUGUCCAGGCUAAAGACAAUGGUCCCCAAUCCAAGAGCUCCAAAGCCCUUGUGACCAUUACAGUAAAAGACCAGAAUGACAAUGCACCCUCCAUCAGAAUCCGGGGCAUUGGGCUUGUGACACAUGAAGGUGGUGUUGCUAACAUAUCGGAGGACAUGCCUGUUGGCACAGCUGUAGCUCUUGUGGAGGUAUCUGAUCGUGAUGAGGGUGAGAACGCUGUUGUGACCUGCGUUGUCGCUGGGGAUGUCCCAUUCCAGCUGCGUUCAGCUAGUGAAACAGGUAACGACCGCAAGAGGAAGUACUUCCUCCAGACAACCACACUUCUGGACUACGAACUGAUCAAAGACUAUAGGAUCGAAAUUGUGGCAGUGGACUCUGGAAACCCUGCACUGUCCAGCACAAACUCCCUGAAAGUGCAAGUGACGGACAUGAAUGAUAACUCCCCAGUAUUCUCACCCACUUUGUAUGAGGUAGAAUUUGCAGAGGAGAACCAGCCUGGUGACAAGGUUCUGGAUGUAGUAGCCACUGAUGCAGACAGUGGGACAAAUGCAGAGUUAACAUACAGUAUAAUUGGUGGAUCAGUCCCUGAGGGCCUUUUUGAAAUUAACCCUAACACAGGAGAAGUAUGUGUCAUGAGCCAGUUGGACCGUGAACAGUUAGAUCACUAUCAAUUUCUAGUUGCAGCAACUGAUAAAGGUGUGCCAAGUUUAAGAGGAACAGCCACUGUUGUUGUUAAGGUGCUCGACAGGAAUGACAAUGAUCCUAAAUUCAUGCUGAACGGUUAUAGCUUCUCAGUCCAAGAGAACAUGCCACCCCUUAGUCCAGUUGGAAUGGUAACCGUUAAUGAUCAUGAUAAGGGUGAGAAUGCUCAUGUUCAACUCUCUGUAGAACCAGACAACGGCAAGUUCAUGAUUCAAAAUGGAACAUAUACCAUCCUGUCAACCAUUUCAUUUGACAGGGAAAAGGAAAGCACCUACAGUUUCCGACUUAAAGCUGUGGAUGGAGGUGACCCACCACGUUCCUCCUAUGUUGGCAUUACCAUUAAUGUUCUUGAUGAGAAUGACAAUGCUCCAUAUGUCACCAAACCCUCCAACUCCUCAUACAAGUUCUUGGAUCCCCGGACGAGCCCGGAAACUCAUGUAGAACGCGUUGAGGCAGAGGACAUUGACAUUGGUUUAAAUUCUGAACUGGAGUUCAGUAUCACAGGGGGCAACCCCCAUGGAUUGUUCCGCAUCUCUUCAGAGGGUGAGAUUACAUUGGCUAAAGAGUUCACACCCAAACACAUUGGUCUCCACCGCUUGGUGGUAAGGGUUAAGGACAGAGGCUCACCAUCACGCCAGACAACCGCACUUGUCCACAUCUAUGUGAAUGAGACAAUUGGCAAUGUCUCCCAUGUUGAAGGACUUGUUGGACACAGUUUGUAUACACCACUUGAAAUGGACAUUGCUGGGGAUCCUGAUUAUUCACGGGACCCACAUAGUAACAUUCUCUUUGGAAUCUUGGGUGGCUUUUCAGUAGUCAUUCUGAUCAUUGUGGUGGCGAUGGUUAUCAGGCAUGUAGUGCUGAAGGAGAACAAAAGUGGCUACCAGGCAGGCAAGAAGGAGACCAAAGACCUAUAUGCCCCCAAACCAGGGCCUAAGAGCAACAAGAACAAGAAGGCUAAGAAAAGCAAAGCUCCAAAGCCUGUCAACCCAUCUGAAGAAGAUGAGGGGGCAAGCCUUCAGAAAGGCUUAAAGUUCAACCUCAUGAAUGACGGUGUCAAUGAUAGCCCUAGGAUUCAUCUGCCACUCAACUAUCCCCCAGGGAGCCCAGACCUGGGGCGACACUAUCGGUCUAAUUCUCCUCUGCCAUCCAUUCAGCUUCAACCUCAGUCACCAUCUGCCUCAAAGAAACACCAGGCAGUGCAGGACCUGCCAGCCACCAACACCUUUGUUGGAACCGGCGACAACAACUCAACAGGCUCAGACCAGUAUUCGGAUUACAGCUACAAGGCCAACCCUCCAAAAUAUAGCAGCAAACAGCUCCCGCAUCGUCGAGUGACCUUCUCCACAGCCAACCAGGCGCAAGACCUGCACGAUCCCUCUCAGCACAGUUACUAUGACAGCGGUCUGGAGGAGUCAGAGACACCCAGCAGUAAGAGUUCUUCAGGGCCCCGUAUCGGGCCCCUGGCCCUUCCCGAAGACCAUUAUGAGCGCACCACCCCCGACGGCAGCAUCGGAGAGAUGGAACACCCUGAGAAUGAUCUGAGGCCUCUUCCUGACGUGGCUAUGACGGGAAAAUGCACACGCGAAUGUACUGAAUUUGGACACUCUGAUUCCUGCUGGAUGCCCGGACAGCCCUCACCUAACCGCACCAAGAGUGCCAAUAGUGGGCCCAAGCUCUCCACCUUUGUGCCUUACCAGGAUAGGGAGGGUCAGGAGCGUCUUAUGGGUGACAGCAGCUCCAAGCCUCCGGGAGAAGAGCGGAAUGGAGGUGGGAGCAAUAAAGUGGCCAGCAUUCGCUUUCUGCCACCCUAUACUAGUGCCUAUUCUGCAGGUGGCGACGCCGACAUGGACUGCCCAUUGGAGGAGAUCCCCUUAAGUCAGACAGCCGAUUAUGCCCCUGUAGCCACACCCUCAAGCCAAGGCUCCAAAAGAGAAAUCUACCUGUGAAUCAUCUGUUGUUCGUCUGGGUUCGGUUCCACAUUUGAUCCAAUUUACUUGUGAUCAGUAAUGCCUGUGAGAGGAUAAAAGGACUCGUUGUCAAAACACCUGCUAAAUCUACUACACCAUCAGACCCCAAUUUACACAGACUGUCACAACAUGCAUCUCCAAUCCCCUCAGCCAUAAGCCUAAUGGCUGACACAACACAGCUAGAGUCCUUCUUCAAAACCCUGCACAUUGUUAGAGGCUCUGGAAGCCAAAUAGAAAGAUGAAAGAAGAAAAUAUUGAAAAAACAAACAAAAAACAAAACAAAACAAAAAAAUUGUGAAUACAACAAGAACACAACCCAGUGUAAACUUCAUAUGAAAGAAUGUAAGGACAAUUUUUAAGUGAACUUUGUGAUAAUUUAAUGUCAAGGGAAUAUUCCUUUUGGAUUUAAUGUUUUUUUUUUUUUUGCUGACUUUUGUAAUUUAUACUGUAUACAUUCAUUAUAUAUAUAUAUUACUUCUGAUUCAGUAGUUAUACAGAGACUGUAGUUAUGCUUACCUAAAACAUGUACACUGAGCUACACAUACGAGUUGUUCCACAUUUUGGUUUGUUUCUUUUAUUUGUUUUUCUGUGUGUAUAUAAGUGCGUAUGUAUCCCCACUAAGAACUUUUGAACUCAAGAAGAACUAGAAAACCAAAUUCUGGCAAUCUAAGGGGGAACGUUAUGUUUUUGCACACUUUAUUAAAGAGAAAACAUAUUCACCAUUCUUUAAGCACUGAAGGGUAAAUGUUUAUUAUAUUUGUCUUUUUCAUAGAAGCUCUUUUCUUAAUGUACAGUGAUGUAAAUAGCACACACUAAUGAAGGAACAGUUUUGAUUUCCCAAUGAUUUACUUGUACAGAACUUCGAAGCUCCAGCUUCGUCCUUGUUGAUAGUAGAAUAGUAUUUGCCUCCCUGUCAGUAUAAGAAGGAUAGCAGUUUUGGUCCGCAGAAUGCUAAAUAUAAUCCAUAGCAGGAGCCUCAGCUGUCUUACAUGUGACUCGAGUGAACAGAAUUUGGGGCAAAAUCAAGGGAAGCCCAUGGAUUUCAGCAGGUUUAUAUUAUGUGAUUUGUCAUUUUUGAAAAGUUGCCAUUGCCCCAUGAUGGUCUUCAUCAGUUCCCAACGGAGGCCUUGUGGAAGCAUAACUGGCUCUCACACUAACUGUUCUUUGUGACACUCCCAUAAUUCAUCAAAAGACUGUUGCGGGAUCUUGAGGGACCAAAGCCCCUUGGAAGAGCUUUGUUCAACCAUCCCAUCCUUAGGAAGGAGCAACAACUUUUUUUACCAUAAACACUGAACUAUCCAUAUACUGUGCAAUAGCCUACUUGUUUUUAAACAUGUGAAACUUUGUUGUGUAGAUUUGUGGUUGUACCAGAGAUUUCAUUCUCUAUGGUGGGUCCGAUCCUGACAGAAAUAGAUCAGUUCGAAAAUAGUGACUACAGAACAUUUCUAUUAGAAAAUAUAGGCUUGACCACAUUCAAAUUGUAUUCAACAUAUCCAAAAUACUAUAGGAUCUCGAGAUUCUGUUUAAGUGUGCUUUGAGCCGACAUUGCAUGACUCCUUCAGUGAGCUUAGGAAGAGAUUUAAGCUUGCCUACAUUGUGUUAAAGGAAUUGUUCACCCAAAAAAUUAUCAUUCUCUCAUCAUUAAUAUACCCUUAUUUUGUCUAAACUCAUAUGCCUUUUUUUUCCUUCCCCUGAACACAAUCAAAGAUAUUUUAAUGGAGAUGUCUGUUUGUCCAUACAAUUCAAGUGAAGUGAUCCAAAUGAGUUUGGAUGGGAACAGACCAAAAUAUAACUCCUUUUUCACUGAAAAAGGAGUUAUAUUUUGGUCUGUCCUGCAGGUGGUUGUAGAUGGUGGUUUUAGAUUAUGGGUGUUUGCACCGCUCCUUCUGCAAAGCCACACUGGCCUAAAUGGGGUGGUUUCCUGAGUUGAGAUAAUUAACUGAUCUGAAAGCAGGGCUUUCAGGAAUAGUUUACUGGAAGUUCUUUUAAGGCUAUUACUAAUAGCAGCUGAUGGUAACAAUGAUUGCUUCAGAGGCAAUGCAGGUCAGCGAAAGCUAUAAUGAGCAUUAGAGGCCCGAGCUACACACAAUAUGUGCACUAUAAUUUACAACAUAUCACACAGUUAAGUAGCCACUUAAAACCGGCUCUUCACCUCCAGUGAAGUAAAGCCAGAUUUUGCAACUCUGUAGGUGUUGACAGGUUUACAGCGCACAUGGUUGUGCUGAGGUGUCUCCAGGGUUCAAUAUUUGAUGUAAAAGCCUCCUUUUUAAAAAAACUUCUUUUAAGUAAUUAAAAGCAGAAAAACAACCCAACACUCCAAGGCUGUUGUCUCGAGUGAGAGCUACAGUUGAUAUGACACGUUAAGCAUUGCAAUUCUUUCAUGUGUGUGGAUUUAUUUAGUUCACGACUGACCCCUUGUUUGAGCACUGGCAGAAUGACGAUAGAUCACUAUAAUGUCCCUCUUAAGUAAACAAGACAUUUUUCCUGCUGUCGGGGUCUUUGGUGUCUGUGUUCCUCAACAACAUCUUUGGAUAAGCAUUGCUGAGCUCACCACAGCCUAGCGGCAGACUAGGGGAGAAAUCAAGUGCCCUCACCUGGUCUGUCCUUCCAAAAAUAUAAGUGCUGGUUUGGGCACAUCAACACUCUCUCACUAGUGUUACAGGGGUUUUAAAAGGAUAGUUCACCCAAAAAUCACUAUUAUAUAAUUUAAUAACCCUCAUGUUGUUCCAAACGCAUUUGAUUUUAUUUCUUCCAUGAAACAAAAAAGGAGAUAUAUAUAUAAGAAUGUACUAGUCAUUUUAUCCAUGCCGUUAUAUCCAAUAGCUGCAUUUCCCCUAUCGGUCCAAAUUAGGGCGUGCUAGUGUGUGACAGUUGCAUUUCCACUGUCACUUCCAGGGCUUCAUCAUGCCUCAUCAGGGCGUCCUUGGGGCCAAUGGUCAAGCAUCUUUGGCCCACCGAUUACCCUUGGGCCAAAGUAGGCCAACUGGUGAUUGAAGAUGUGUCAGUGUCAAAGGCGAUGUUUUGCUUAGUCAGGUCUUGCUUUUCACCAAGCAAAGACUAAAAUAAGCAAACAAAUGGCAGCUUCAGUCUCCACCAUGUUCAUUUGGAAGGCUAGCGAGUCUCCAGAGUCUGAUACCUCAGUUUGAGAUUCCCUCUUGCUUCUGAAAUGGGCAGGGUGUGUGAUGUUGGCACCAGGGCAGUGUAUUAAGGGCAGGUUUAGGGCAACGCUGCAGGAUUAUUGGCCCAAUGGUGGGAACACAGAUUGAUUUUGGACUCACAGCUCGAGGUCUGAGGCUAUUGGCCCCGGUUGUACAGUUGAUAGUCCUGGCUCACACUGGCCUGAUAGUGGAAACAGAAUGCAAAAGCACCAUAAAAGUAUGACUUGAUCUUUAAGACUGGAACAGUCUGAUUUGUAAAUGAAUCAUUUAGACUUAUUUUGUAUAGAAAUGUUUCAAAAACACGAUUUGCUCCCGAAUCCAACAUUGUUAUUUCUCACAUGAACUCUCAUGAAUGCACCAAGGAGAGCUAGGGCGAAUGUCAAGAUUUUCAUGAAAAACAAUUAAAAUUUCAGUCUGUUUCUCAUACAAAGCUUUUGCAUGGUUUCAAAAGACAUAUAUCAUGUUGUAUUUACAUAAUUUUAUUGUUCCUUUCUGAAUCUUGAAAGCUUCAGGCUCCAUUCUUUAUAUUUGCAGUAGAUUCCUCCAUUUCUUUUGUGUUCCUAGGAAGAAAGUCAAAUGGGUUUGGAACUAAACAAGGAUGAGUUACAAAUGACAGAAUUUUCAUUUUUGGGUGAUCUAUCCCUUUAAAUUUUCAUCAUCAUUAAAUUAUUCUUUGCACACAUCUAUGUUGUCGUUUCAGUUAUUUUAAUCAUUCCAGCUACUACUGACCUCGGAGCUGUUUCUGCAGUGACAACAGGUUGCUUGAGCUUCAUGAACCCAAAUGCUGCAUGACAGUUAGUCAGUCACUUGUUCCCACUGGGAAAACCUGCAGUUUAUCCCUGGAGAACAACUGUCAGAUACAGCUAGGUCAAAUCAUUCGGAGUGAGUGUGCGCUCCUGUUUGUGAGUACGAAAUUUUUUUUGUGUGCACACCUGUGUAGUGUAACUGUGUAGAUACAUGGAGAGAAUUGCUCACUGCCUUUACAUUGGACACUAUGCAGAUAAUUUGAUGGAAAAACAUUAUGACAAAUAACAUCUUAUACAAUGUUUAUCUUGCUUUCUUGUUGCCCUGUAAAGAUUUGUACGCACAGUGUAUAAGGAGAAAGACGGUCCACUGGGUCAGUCUUUUAUCACUGUACUAAAAUUUUAGCUGUUAUUUUGAUAUUUGGCAGCAAUUUAUUCUACUUUUCUGUGAGAUAUGUUCUGUUUUAGUUUUUUUGGAACUUUUUUUCUUAACUCAAAGAGACCAGUGUUAAAUAAAGUCCCAUCUAUGGCUCAAAAAUAUAUACUCAACCGUUUUUGUUUAAUCGUUUGUGAGAAUUUAAAACAUUGUUACUCUGAACUAUUAUCUAAUGUUAUUUCAUACCAAACAUAAUUGCUUAUUUUUUGUUUUCUCCCCAUUUUUUCAGCUCUUUUAUACAUUCCAUGCAACACGGUUUUGUUUUGUGCAAUACAAUGUGUCCUGCUUUCUCUGUUGUAUUAAAAAUCUUCAUGAAAAAUUCACAUUGCGAUAUACACAUUUAUUAUUUUAUUUUUAAGAUGUCCAACAACUGUACAGUGAUGAGCACAAUGUAAAUCACCUCUAUUUUAAGCCAACAACUUUUGUCUUAUUUUGGGUUUCCCAAAGCAGAUACUCUACAUAGCAUCUAUCCUUCUUUGGGUAUAUGGCCACCUCAUGAACAGGCUCAGCAAUCAGCACAUUUUUAGCAAUGAUUUUGGGGCAAAAUCUGCAGAAUUCCAGUCAGUCAAUUUAAAGAAGCCAAAAUGUGUUCAACAGAGCAGUGAGCAAUCUUAUUAGUGGCUGAAAGCGUGAUCAGAGUAGCCAAAUUAUUUAAUAAAAUUAGCAUGAAAGGAGCAGGGGUGCUUUUUGAAUGAUAGACAUUCCAGUUUUGUGGAAAUCUAUUGCACUUUCUGAAGAAUUCUGUAGGCACAGAUUAUGUAUGGGCCUGCUCAUGACUGAUGUUAAAUUUCACCCAACUGUAAUCUCCAUUUAAUUUGUGCUGAAUUGUUUGAUUACAUGCAAAUCAAUCAAAUCUUAUGUGACUUAAGUAUCAAUUAUUUUGCCUGACACAUGGACUCAUAUUGGUGGAAAGCCACCCGCUGCAUUUGUCCAGGUAUUAGGAGUUAUGAACGAACAUGUUAUAAUGUUGUAAUGUCACCAUGCAUAAUGAGGCUCACCAUUCAUCUCUGAGCAUAACAGAAGUAGAGAUAAACAGCAUCAUUCUAGCCCUGGAGAAAGAUUCAAAAUUAAACCAGUCAAUUAUUUUGCGAAGUGUUGGAUGAGUGGCUUCAACAUUUCGACUUUAGUCCUGAAAUGAACUGAGAACACUUAAGCGGUCCGUGGGUGUCUUCAUAAGAUCUCGAUAUUAAAACAUCCACACAAAGUAAUUGAAGAACAGCCGACAUUUAAAUAGAUCAAUACAGGAAGUAUGAGUUUGUAGCCUUAGUGUUGGUUAUAUUUAUAUCGAAACGCUUGUGAUGCCUUGUUUUCGUUGUACAGUUUUAUGUACAUGCUAAUAAUGUGGCUUUUUGAAAAUAAAUAAAAAAAUAACAUGUUGAAAAGCAAAUCUAAAUUGUAAAAUAUUUUUCAAAGUAGAGUAUGUUAGAAUGGGAGUGGUUGGGGUUUUGGGUGCACAAAAAUGUUGUGCCCGUGUGUCUAAAAUGUCCUAAGUAACCAUUCACUGGCUUCUAGUCUUUUUCCAAGAGUCUUAUUUUUAAAUUUUUUGAGUUCUGUGGUGUUUGCAAAGCAAUGGCUUUUGAAGAGUUUUAGCCCUUAUUUGUUCUGUUAUGUUCUUAUCAACAUCCGCAUGUUAAACACGAAGAGGAAGAAAAAAAGAGAAGAAAAAAACCUACUGUCUUUUAUUUUUGCUGAGCAAAUCAAAGAAAUAAUAUCUUGUAAGUACUCCUUCCUUUACAAUAAAAUA